GAUUUGACAUCUCUCUGUGUUCUUUUCUUAGAUAUGUAUUGUACAAUUUAUUGUCUGAGUAAUAUACUGUCCUCUGUAUAAUUUGCGCUGGAUAAAAAAUUUAUAUAUAGUUCCACUCACCGAUGUCAUCUGAUUUUUUAAUGCUAUUAUUGUUUCAUAGAUGGACCAAAGAACAUUAUGCUUACAGUAUUACAUGCAUUAUUAUCACUACUACAUGUGGAGGAGAAGAUUGCUUGCUGCCAUUAUUGUGUGUUUAGGGAUGUACUGGUACAAGAUUAAUGUCCGAAAAAGGAAGAGAAAAUCUAUAACUUAUGCUCCCAUGUUCGAACGAGAUGUUAAAAGGAUGUCACGCCUGAACCGUAUGUAUUAUGGAACCGAGGCUAAUUGCAUAAGUGAGCUGCGCAUGCGGAAAUUUGUUUUUCACAAAUUGUGUGCCAACCUGAGACGUCGUGGUCUACUGGUAGACACAUUCCAUGUAAUUGUGGAGGAGCAAGUUGCCAUGUUCAUCCAUGUUGUGGGUCAUAACUGGAAAAAUAGAUCGAUUGGUUUCGAGUUUUAUCGAUCGGGCGAGACUGUUAGUAGGUACUUCAAUGCUGUUUUAGAUGCCCUGUGUCUCCUUGCUCGUGAUGUCAUAUGCAUCAAAACCAUCGAAACACAUUCGAAGAUAACAAGUAGCUCCAGAUUUCACCCUUACUUUGAGGGAUGCAUAGGAGCUCUGGAUGGUACUCAUAUACCGGCAUGUGUGCCAAUCCACAUGCAAGAUAGGUUUAGGGGUAGAAAGUCCUUUCCCACACAAAAUGUGCUAGCAGCCGUUGAUUUUGACCUAAGAUUUACAUAUGUUCUUGCUGGAUGGGAGGGAUCGGCUCAUGAUUCUUAUGUGCUCCAAGAUGCCCUAUCACGUCCCAAUGGCCUUAAAAUACCAGAAGGUAAAUAUUUCCUAGCGGAUGCGGGAUAUGCUGCAAGACCCGGUAUACUACCCCCAUAUCGUGGUGUCCGAUAUCACCUAAAGGAAUAUAGGGGAAGUAGAGAGCCUGAGAACCCAAGGGAGUUAUUCAGCCAUCGCCAUUCCUCACUUAGAACAACCGUCGAAAGAGCAUUUGGUACCUUGAAGAAUCGAUUUAAAAUAUUUGCAAGUCAGCCAUUCUUCCCUCUAAAAACACAAGUAAAAAUUGUGUUUGCUUGUUGUGCGCUCCAUAACUGGAUCCUAGAUGAUGGUCCUGAUGAGUAUGUCUAUGAUGAUGCUACUUGGUACUCGGCCCUUCCACGGAGUAGACGACACCGUCGUGACGUUUACCAGGAGAGCCAGGCAUGGGCACACAAAAGGGAUGUACUAGCUCAAAAAAUGUGGGAGGAUAAUUUAGCAGCUCAAGAUCAAGAUGAUUAAGAAGUUAGUAUGUAAGGCUGAUGUUGAUGGGUUUAAUUUUAGGUUCCAUUCAGUCUGUUUGAAACUAGAGUUCUGCCUUAUUUCUAUGUAUCAAACAUGAGUGCUAUUUUGUUACAUUUGGUCAUUAUGUAUGUGAUUCAUGUGAAACUAUGUUGGUUGUACCUCUGUAAACUUAUAUCACUUAUUUUAUCUUUAGUAAAUUGUUGGUUGUUUCAUGCUU